AUGGUUAUCUCCCAGAAUUUCAUCGGCAACGUAUUGCAUUUCCUGAAGAAGAACAGCGGACCAGGCUGGCAUGUGAACUUUGAGUAUGACCGCGAUACAAGCACAAGUAAUACCACAUCCGCAAUCAGCCUCCUGAUGAACUGCCAGCCUGACUUCCAUGCAACCCUAGACUUCCGACUGGUCCUCGUUGGGGAAGACAAGGAUCUGGGUGUGGGCCUCAAGGCGGCUCGAGGAGACCUCGUGAAGAAAGCCGUCCCACUGAACCCAACGCAUUAUGGCCCUGUGAAGUACCUGCUUGCCUACACCGCAUGCGGGACGACGAUCGGAUUUCACUGGAUGGAUUUGGAUGGAAAGGUGCACGACAUGGGCAAUGAGUUCAAAUUCCAUUUGGAGAACCGCAUGCACCGUGUGCGCCUCCUCCUGCUGGUGGUGAAUGUGUACCGGCUCUUCGCCUCCAUGAAGCUGCCGGAUCUGGCAGGGAGCGUCCCAAACAACGUUUGGGUUUCACGCGAGAACGGCAACAAAACAAAACGUGUCAUCCUUGCAUCGGGAGACAGGGGCUUCUUGAAGAAGGUCAAGCUGGAGGGGGAGAGGAAAGCCAGAAUGAUGCUGGGCUUAUCGGAUGAGGACCUGAAGGCUGUGUACGAUCUGGGGGACAUCCGGAAUGGCAUCGUCAAGGUCGUCAAGACUAUCGGGGACACCGACGCCGACAGCUACACCAUCUGCAUGCGCCUCCUGGGGCCUGACCUUGAAGUGGAGCCGCCAACAUCCCAAAGGGAAUUCAAGGCGGUCGCCAAGGGCUGCUUGGUUGGCGUGCGGACGAUGCAUGACAAGGACUUUGGCCACUACGACAUACGGGAGUCCAACGUGGCAUGGGCGACGAAUGCGGACCGCACAACGGUUGUCCUGUGUGACCUGCAGUAUGCAGGCCGGCUGGGGGCCAAGCCGGAGAGUGGUGUCAAGAUGCGUGACUGGGACGGCAACACGCUGGAGAAGGACGGCACCUACUCAGCGCGCAGCGACAUAUACCAGCUGUCGCUGAUGCUGGAGCGCCUCAGCCGGGACAAGCCAUGGGAAGCAGACGCCCAGCCCUUCAUAGCAGCCAUGCAUGGCACGGACGGCAAGGACCCCCAGAUGGCUCAGAAGCUGCUGGAUGAUGCCUACCUGAAGGGUGCUUGA